CGAUGAUCCCUUCCAAUCCCCUCCUUACUUUAUAAAAUACCUAUGCUGCUCUAGUAUAUUCUUUUACUCAGUUUCAGGACAUUAGAGAGUCUAUCGACAGACUCUUUGAGUACUGUCCGUCGAUAUGGCUCCCUCCUUGGGAUUUUGGGAGUCAGCAGACCCAAGACAGCCGACUACAGCUCGCGAAUUUGCUGAUGGGCUCUCACCUAAGAACAUUUUAUACAUUGAUGCUUAUGAUUCAUUUUCUUAUAAUGUCGUUGCCAUGCUGGAAGAAGUUCUCGGGGCUAAAGUUACUGUCUUGAGGAUUGAUUCACCGUGGCCGAAUGGCGACAUGGCUGACUAUGUGCAGCAUUUCGAGGCCAUUGUUCUCGGACCUGGUCCGGGCGAUCCGCAUAUAUCUCAAGACGUGGGGAUCAUGAGAGAUGUCUGGAAUCUGAAUGACAGAGACCUUCUGCCCAUUUUUGGCAUAUGUCUUGGCUUCCAGAGUCUAUGUUUGCACCAAGGUGCUUCAAUUCGUCGGCUUCCAUAUCCUAUUCAUGGACAAGUUCGUCGUGUACAGACAACACAGGAGGACAUUUUCCGGGGCGUUCAAGGUUUGGAGGUUACGCUUUACCACUCGCUCUACGCCGAAAUGCAGCCAAUGACUGCAGAGAUCUCUAGCCACAUGCCAACCAACGGCUUCGUUGCGCAGGAUCUCGAUCUUCUGGCCUGGUUGUCCGUUGAGCAAGAGAACAUAGCCCACCAACCAUUGAUUCCCAUGGCUGUGCGUCACAACAAGAAGCCAUUCUGGGCGGUUCAAUUUCAUCCUGAAUCCUGCAAGUCAGAUAGAAGAGCAUGCAGCCACCUGCUCAAGAAAUGGUGGGAUAUGGCUCUGCAUUACAACAAACUGAACGGACGAGGCAGCUACAGAAGCGUUUCCACUGCUUCUCCGAGGUCAUCUAGUGACCCGUCUCCCAUCCCGGACAUCAUUCACACCAUGUUAGAGUGGAGCGCAUCGACGUCGAGCCGCUCCUCCUUCCGAGAUUUCACGUCCCAGACAUUAGAGGCUGAGACGAUAUGCGAAGCUUUCAACAGCCCAGGAUCAUCAACUGUCCUGUUCAAAUCCAACGGCCGAUACAGCGUCAUCUCUGUACCUAGCCCUGGCACUUGGAGGUUAGAGUACUCAGCACAGGAAGAGCGUGUACUUUUGAUAAGGCUCCCUGCUGGUAGCAUCAGAGACCCACUUGGCGACAAACAGACUGUGAUCAGGAGUUGCUUGCCAGUUUUUCAAUUCUGGAACACACUCCGGCUACUCAUGGAAACCAAGAAAGUUGUUCAUGGCAAUGAUACCGUUCCUUUCUGUGCCGGCCUUUUGGGAUACUUCUCUUAUGAGAUGGGGCUGGCUUCCAUUGCUCGUCCAGAAAGUCAUGCUCAAGACUUUCAAGGGAACCACACCUCUAGAGCCGGUGCUUCUUUGACUGACCCAGCGGAUGCCAGCUUCUUAUGGACUGAAAGGAGCGUCGUGCUCGACCAUCUCACUGGGCGCAUCACUAUUCAGUCGACUCGUGAGACAGACGACUUGCCUAACGGAUGGCUAGAUGAUGCUUUGCUGUCUCUUCGGAGGCUUGCCACUACUGAUACAUCCGGUGAGAUCGAACAUGUGGCUGCAGAUACACAAUCAUUGAAUAACAUCCUUGAGCGGGGUGUGGUGCAAUUUCCGGAUCGGCAAGUGUACGAAAACCAAUUCGACGCCUGUCGUGAACAACUGCUAGCUGGUGAAUCGUACGAGCUAUGCCUUACCUGCGAGACCACCAUCACCUUGCCCAUAGCAGACAGCGACAGUGGACGCAAGGAAUUUCCUUGGAAACUAUACCGCCGCCUUCAAAAACACAACCCGGCCGCCUUUAGUGCCUACGCCAAAUUGGGAGAACUGAAGAUUGUCAGCAGCAGUCCCGAAUGCUUCCUUAACUGGGAUCGUCACUCUAUGCUUGAAAUGAAGCCGAUGAAAGGCACUGUGAGGAAAACAAAGGACAUGACCCUUGAAAAGGCACGCGAUAUACUGGGGAGUACCAAAGAGAUGGCGGAAAAUCUCAUGAUUGCCGAUCUUAUCCGACACGACCUCUAUGGCAUUUGUGGCUCGGGUGCUGUGCAUGUAGAGAAACUUCUCGAAGUCGAGGAUCAUGGUCGCGUUUACCAGAUGAUUACGCACGUCAUAGGGCGGGUUGACCCCAAUCGGCCCGGGUUCGCGGUUCAAGAUAUGCCACAAUUGCAUUCAUCUGGGAUGUCAGCGUAUGGUCUAACGGCGCUGCAACGAUGCCUUCCACCUGGCUCUAUGACCGGUGCGCCUAAGGAACGAUCGUGCCUACACCUUUCCUCAAUUGAGAACCGAAAACGAGGCAUUUACUCCGGUGCAAUGGGCUUCCUCGACCUUGGCGGAGGAGGGAGCUUUUCGGUCUUGAUUCGCACCGCUUUCAAUUGUGCUGAAGACGAUGAUCCCAACCAGGUUUGGCGCAUCGGCGCAGGCGGUGCGGUGACCAUACUUAGCACCGCUGAGGGCGAAUGGGAAGAGAUGUCAACCAAACUAAGAACCGUCCUUGGUGCAUUCGUGCCGCUCGACGAUGGACCUGUUAAGGCCGCCUAGGACUCUUCGCCAGUGUUUUCUACAGCAUACGACGCGCUUCCCUUUUUCUAUUCAAGUCAACCUAUACUCUCUCUGGCCUGCUUGGUCGCAAGCGGGACGUUGCAGGAAAUCGCAUUCAACAUCUAGAGCAUGCUUUGGUGCGGUGUUUUGAGUUUGUACAGUACAUGCGUUUCGGGCAGACGAGAUUUGAAGCUUUGGCGAAUCUUUUCCAACUUAUUCUUUUCAACAAGAUACCCUACUAGCAUAUCGCGAUUCGGAU